AUGGCCACCAAUCCGUACGUGAACUUCAGCCCUCAUUUGAUACAUGAGGACUUUGAGCGAAGACCACCCAGCCGUUCAGAUGUCAGACCCCAGUAUGUUCACCAUCUGGCCCCAAAGCCAGAGCCCCCGCCCCCACCUGAGAUCACAGACUCCAUCACCAAACGCAAAGAUGUAAAGCACAGAUGUGUGAAGUUCACUGUAGCUGCUGUGAUCUGCCUGCUGCUCCUCCUGCUGGUAACUGGAGUCCUCCUGGGCUACUACUUUUCCUCAUCCUGUGUGCACGGAUUGCAGUGUGGUGAUGGGAGUUGUGUGUGGGAGUCCCAGUGGUGUGACGGGGUGUCGGACUGUAGAGGAGGCCAGGAUGAAGCCAACUGUGUGCGACUCCACGGUUCUAGUUUCCUGCUCCAGAUCUACUCGACUCAGAGUAAAACCUGGAGGACUGUCUGUGCUCAGGGUUGGACAGACGUACAGGGCAGAGCGAGCUGUCAGCAGAUUGGAUACAGCAAGAACACAUAUUUUGAGUCAGACCAGCAGCAGACGGAUCCUGAUGCUGGAUUCUUAACAGUAAAAUCUGACUUCAACACAGAAGCCUCUAUACUAAAACAGCUUGUCCUCAGCAAUACCUGUCCCAACAACAGUGUGGUGACCUUGCGUUGCACUGACUGUGGCAGUGGGCUGAACUCCAGCAGGGCCCUUGGAGCCCAGCAGGCAGCCCCCGGGUCCUGGCCCUGGCAGGUCAGCCUGCAGGUCGACGGCUCCCACCGCUGUGGAGGAGCCAUCAUCUCCCCCUACUGGAUCGUCACAGCAGCACACUGUGUGGUCAGGGACUCCAGUCCUGGAAACUGGGUCGUGUAUGCCGGGAUAGUCGGUGAUUUAGACACUCUGUUUAACCCUGCUUACUCUGUGAGCCGCAUUAUAGCCCAUGAAGACUACAAUACACACACUCACAGGAAUGACAUCGCUUUGAUGAGGCUCUUGAACCCUCUGGACAUCACAGCCUCUGGUACUGUUAGACCGGUGUGUCUCCCAAGUGUUGGACUAAACUUCACUGCUGGUCAGAAGUGCUGGACAACACACUUUGUUCAAAACAUAACUGAAGACUCUCUGCACUUGGUGGAGGCUGAGGUUUCUCUUAUAGAUGCAUCCGAGUGCAACAGAUCCACUGCCUACGACGGCAGGAUAACACAAGACAUGGUCUGUGCGGAGGAGACAGAGGCCGACAUAUGCCGUACUGACAGCGGCGGGCCUCUGGUGUCCCUGACAGAUGGAUUAUGGUGGCUUGUAGGGGACAGUAUUUGGGGACGAAGUUGCACUGAGCAGAGCAAACCUGGUGUUUAUGGUAACAUCACAUAUUUCAUGGACUGGAUCUACCAGCAGAUGAAGAAGCAUCAAGAUGGCUGAUUGCAUGGUUAAACAUGAACUAUGUCAAAGGUUUGUGUUUACAGUUUUCUGUAAAAAUGUGUACAGUAAUUUUAAAAUAUUUAUUUAUAUGUAUCAAUGCAAUCUGUAUUUCUACAAUGGCUCUUGCAUAUCACUGCAACGUUUUCAUCAUUUGUGUCACUUUUUACUGCAGAACUGUACUGGGUAGAUGUAGGAUGUGGUUUUGGUUGAAUUAUAAUAAAUAAGCUUGAAACAUCCUUUUACUUUUAGUUUUCAUGUCAAUGUAAAACAGUGUCUGAAUUAGCAUGUAUAAUAAACAUGAUUAAAUAUCGACUGUACAGAAGGAAAUACUGUAAUAUAAUGAUGUUUGAGGCAUUAGGUGAGGAUACCAUGUCUCAACACAAGAUGUCACUCACAAACCAUAUCACACUUGAUCCAAUUACUCCCAAAGCAUGUUUUAGUCCUGAGCAGCAAGAAAUAUUUAUUAACUCCAAGUGAUUCAUAACUUUAAUCUGGUUACAAAUUCUCAUUUAUUAUUUACAGCCCAAAUACAAGUUUGGCAUAGAAAAACUACACUUUUUAAAUAAGUGAACAUUCACAAGUUCAAGUGUACCGAUAAACAAUUUUCAAACUGCAGAUUUUGGUAAACGGUGACAUAUUAGUGUAGGAUGUAGGAUACUUUGUACAUAGAAUUAGACAUCAAAUGUAGUUUGAUUGUGCAGUACGUCACAUAAAGAUGUAACUGGUAUCAAAAGACAAUAAAAUGUCAACUGAUAAUCUUGCAUUGCGAACUACUUUGACAGUUUUAUUUAAAAAAAACAAACUCUAGGGCACAAACACCCAUUUGGUGCAUGUAUUUCUGAUGUUUCAGCUUUAAAAUAAAUCCUUUGGUGUGUAAUUUAGUGUUUGAUUUAUACAAAAUAUGCAGCAUCAAUAUGCACGUUUAAGUAUACAGUGUCAACUGCAUUUAAAAAGCAACAAUUUUAAAUAAUAAUGCAAUCACAUAAGAAAGAAAUUUCAAUAAAAAGUUGGAUGUACAGUGAAUUAGUAAUUCUACAUUUAAACAACAAAGUGUACACCUUGUGCUUUUUAGCCAUCUUAACCCCAACAUUGAUAUUUAGACUUACAGUAUAUUAAACUAUUGAUCCAGUUCAGUAACAAAGUGCAAAGCAUCCUAUCAUCCUAUCGAUGAUGUAAAUCAAUAGGUCUUUGUAGUGAACUGAGACUUAAAGCCACUACAGGCACUGUAAACAUGUGCGUGACAUUCUUCAUAUGUACAGUGAUUGAUUGAGCAGCUUUUCCCCUUUGACAUACACAGGGACUAACGUCAAUCCAUGGCAGAAUUUCGUCUAUAAUCAGAGUUGGCAUCAGACAUUUAUAUUUCUACUUCAG